AUGUGGGACCCAACUCAGAGAGACCAAAAUCCAUGUUUGGGAGUCGGAAAAAGAGGACUAAGCAAGGCUCCUCUUCCUCCUCCAAACUAUUUUUUCUUGCAGACCCGUUUGGAGUUUACCUCUUCCAUCAUUUCUCCUCUCUUUGCCCAGAUGACUCAGUGGAAUACAAGCCAGAGCAAAGAGCUGAGACAAGGUCUGUUUUUCCAAGUGCUGCAGGGAAUGACAGAGAGGGCAGAAGGGCAGAGAGCUGCUCCAAAGGCGGAGGAUUCCUCCCUUCUUGCUUUCCUUCAGCUGCUGAGCCUGGCCCCAUUGCCAGCAAGUGUUUACCUACUUGUGGACAGCCAGGGCAGUAUUUCUGGUUCUCUGGCGUGGCGGAGGGACAUGUUGAUGGCAGAGCUGGCAGCUUUAAGAACAUACAGUGGCACUGAGAGUCAGCCAGAAGAUAAGUCUCAUGAGGAGAACUCUGUUUUACUGAAACUACAGGAGUUUUUAGGCAAGCCAGUCCCCGCUGAACACCGAUUGAAUCCCAGCACCUGGUGGAGCAAAGCAGAGACCGAAGAGGAGCCGGCGGCGGAGGGGAGGCCGACGCCGCCAGAGAGCGCCGAGGGUGCGGGCGACGAGCGCAGCAGGAGGCUGAUCCGCAACCAGUACCGGGAGCUCAUCUACAGCGUGCAGCAAAAUCGUGAGGAUAUGUUGAGUUCCAAAAGCAACAAGCUGACGGAAGCUUUGGAAGAAGCCAAUAAACUGUUCAGUGGAGUCUCCUGUGCACGAGAGGCAGCACUGGAUGCCCAGUUUCUUGUCUUAGCAUCAAAUCUAGGAAAGGAGAAGGCCAAUGAAUUGCACUCUGAGAUGACAGCAUUUGACUCGCUAGCAUUUGCGGAAGACUUACUAACAUUCAUGGGUCUAAAUCGCAUAGAAGUAGAAGAAAAGGAUAGUGAUAAUGAGGGCUUUUCUGGUGGUUAUUUACCUAGUAAUGCCUGGCAUAAACUGGGAGCAGAAACAGAGAAGUAUUUCAGAAGAGCACCUUCUUUUCACUACAUGUUGGGAUCUUUUAAGUCUGAGCCUCCAGUACCAAGGCAACGAAUUGAGAGGCAGAAAAAGGCUACAGGAAGAGAAGAAAAAAGGGCAAUGCCUGCUCAGUUAAAAAAGAUGGAGGAGUCUCAUCAGGAAGCUACAGAAAAAGAAGUAGAGAGGAUCUUGGGAUUACUGCAAACUCAUUUUAAAAAUGAUCCUGAUAUGCCUAUAUCCUUCUUUGAUCUUGUGAUUGAUCCCAACUCUUUUGCACGCACUGUAGAAAACAUUUUUCACGUGUCCUUCAUUGUAAGGGAUGGCUUUGCACAAUUAAAACUGGAUGAAGAUAAAUUGCCAAUAAUAGAGCCCAUAAAAGGUGAUGAAGGAAGAGAGGAUGAUCGUAGUAAUCUAGCGCGGAACCAAGCUGUCAUCUCUCUGAGCUAUCAAGAAUGGAAGGAAAUUGUAGAAACAUAUGAAAUAACAGAACCCAUGAUCACUCCUCCUUAUGACAACAAUGAAGAUGAAAUGGAGAUACCUUAAUUCUUCAAGCAAAUAAUUUUCAUAAAUCAGACUGAAUAAAUAAGGAUACAAUGUGCGAGUUGGUUAUGGAUCCAGAAAGCCUGCAGAGGAGCUACCUGUGAUGGCACAUG